AUGCGGAAAGAAGCGACCAUGUUGCGGCCCACGCACAAUGGGGACCGUUAUGAGCUGACCAGUCCGACCGUGAUGCCCAAAGCCGCGGGCUUCCUGUGGAACCAGCAGAUGAUGAUCCAGAUCACCUGCCGCGGCUUCGCAACAGCGCAAUUCAUGCAGCCCGAGCCGGCAAAGUACGCCCACGCGCCCAACAUCGAGGCCAAGACGUUCAUGCAGCCCGAGCAGAACUACUACGCCCACCACCCCGGCCGGUUCGUCUAUAUCAAGGAUGAGGAGACGGGUCAGUUGUUCUCGGCGCCCUACGAGCCCGUCCGCUCGCAGGCCGACCGUUAUGUCUUCUCGGUGGGCAAGAGUGACGUCGCGUGGGCGGUGGAGCAGAACGGCCUCCGCGUCGAGAUGGUCAUGGGCCUGCCGACGCACGACGUCGCCGAGCUGUGGACCAUCAAGUUGACCAACCUGUCGGGCCGUCCGCGCCGGGUCAGUGUGACGCCGUACUUCCCCAUCGGAUUCAUGUCGUGGAUGAACCAGUCGGCCGAGUGGAGCGAGGACCUCGUCGGCGUCGUCGCCAGCAGCGUCACGCCGUACCAGAAAGCGUCCGAGUACUUCAAGAACAAGUACAUCAAGGAUAAGACGUACUUCAUCUGCGAGACGCGGCCCGACUCGUGGGAGGCCAACCAGCAGACGUUUGAGGGCGAGGGCGGGCUUCACAACCCGUCGGGCCUGCAGCAGCCCGGCCUGAGCUGCGGAGAUGCGCGCUAUGAGACCCCCACGGCUGCUGUGCAGUACCGCCUUUCGCUCAAUGCCGGUGACGAGCGUGAGUACCGCUUCAUGUUUGGUCCCGCCUACGACGAGGCCGAGGUCCGCUCCAUGCGUGACCGCUACCUGAGCAAGGCCGCUUUUGCCCGCACUGCUGCCGAGUACGCCGCGUACCAGGACCGCGGGCGCGGCUGCCUGCGCAUCGAGACGCCCGACAAGGACCUGGACAACUUCGUCAACAACUGGCUCCCGCGCCAGGUGUACUACCACGGAGAUGUCAACCGCCUGACCACGGACCCGCAGACGCGUAACUACCUGCAGGACAACAUGGGCAUGAACUACAUCAAGCCAGAUGUUGCCCGCCGCGCGUUCCUGACUGCCGUCGCCCAGCAGGAGGCUAAUGGCUCCAUGCCGGACGGCAUCUUGCUGUCCGAGGGCGCCGAGCUCAAGUACAUCAACCAGAUCCCCCACACUGAUCACUGCGUGUGGCUGCCCGUGACUCUCGAUGUCUAUCUCGCCGAGACGGGCGACUAUGGCCUGCUCAAGGAGCGUGUCCGCACCCCCAAUGGUGACUCUUUCACCGUCUUUGAACGCUUCAGCCGGGCCAUGGACUGGUUGCUCCGGGCGCGCGACGACCGUGGCCUCAGCUACAUUGCCCAGGGUGAUUGGUGCGAUCCCAUGAACAUGGUUGGCUACAAGGGCCGCGGUGUGUCGGGGUGGCUGACGCUUGCGACUGCAUAUGCUCUGAACCUGUGGUCCACCGUCUGCGAAAAGGAAGGCCGGCCCGACCUUGCCAAGAUCUACAGCGCCGGUGCCCAAGAGUGCAACGAUGCUGUCAACGAGCACUUGUGGGACGGGGAUUGGUUUGCCCGUGGCAUCACUGAUGACGACGUCGUCUUUGGCAUCAAGAAGGACCCCGAGGGCCGCAUCUGGCUCAACCCCCAGACGUGGGCCAUGCUCAGCGGCGCGGCGAGCUCGGCGCAAAUCGAGAAGAUGCUGCCGCAGGUCGACUCGCAGCUCAGCACGCCGUAUGGCGUUCUCAUGUUUGCCCCGCCCUACACCAAGAUGCGCGAAGACGUCGGGCGCGUGACGCAAAAGGCCAUCGGCUCGGCUGAGAACGGUGCCGUCUACAACCAUGCCGGCGUCUUCUACAUCUACAGCCUGUAUGAGCUCGGCGGCCAGCAGGACAGGGCGUACACGCUACUGCGCCAGCUGCUGCCCGGGCCCAGCGAUGCCGACUACCGCCAGCGCGGACAACUGCCCAUCUACAUCCCCAACUACUACCGUGGUGCGUGGAAGGAGUUCCCGCGCACGGCCGGGCGGUCCAGCCAGCUGUUCAACACGGGCACCGUCUCGUGGGCGUACCGCUGCUUCGUCGAGGGCCUCUGCGGCCUGCGCGGCGACCCAGAGGGUCUCGUCAUCAACCCGCAGCUGCCGAGCUCGUGGAGCGCCAUCAAGGUCACGCGCCUAUUCCGCGGCGCCACGUUCCAGCUCGACAUUCGGCGCGCUGACGUGGCCCAAGUCACUGUCAAGCACGGCAACCGGAUCCUGCCCGAGGCACGCGUCACGAACAUCAAGGAGGGCGAGACCUACCAGCUCUCCGUGCUGGUGCCCGAGUAG